CUCCGCCUGGUUGGAACACAGUUCAUUACUGAAUUACUCCCAUUUAACCACUGCUUUAUAGCAGCCUAUGUGAGGGGAUGAUGAUUUCAUAGGACCAAGUAGGAAGUACAUGUUUACUUGUUUUAUGUAACGAAUGUUCUAUAUAAUCUACUGCUGAUGGAGUGGGGAAUGUUGUAGCCUAUAUUUUCUCCCCCAAAAGGACUUGCAAUUGACACGUGAGUCAUGCGUAAUUCACACCUUUGGCAAUUCCCCUGUCAACAUAUCCAUACUGUCGUUCUAAAACAAAUUGACCAUACCUUAUACAUACAUUGAAGUAUUAAUCUUGCCAAUAAAUAGUCUCUUGCGAAAUCGUCUAAUUUUGCUACCGCUGUGUAUGACUCGUUCAAAUGAAGCGGUUUAUUUUGGAGAACGGUGCUUCGAUGUCUCCAAAAGGUGGCACUGUUGAGUUUUAGAACGGCAGAGGUAGGUCCGCUCUCUCCACAAUCCUUUGUAAUUUUCUUUCAUAAAACUUCAUCACAGAAUUAUAUUUAUUCCUGUAUUCUGUCACAUUUAAAUACUGUAUGAACCAACGCUGUUGUUCAUGUAACUAAGAUGAUUGUAAAGUAUGCUUAUGCACUUUGGUUAGGCUACUGGUAGAUUUGACCACUUCGAAUUUCAAGUAACACAAACUGUGAAAACGUGUGCACAGCCAUUCCCCCAAUAUUUGCAUAUCAUAAAUCAUGAAUACUAUAUUUUGACACUUUUGAAACUAAUAUAAAUCAAUGCACCAUACAAAAGCGGUAUUACGCAUUUCUUUUACGAUAACAACUAGUAAUAUAUAUUAUUGCAUCAAUAACUUGAUAAAUUGCAUAUAAUAUUUUACAUUUGGAUAUUAAAAUGUUACCAGUACCACUUGAAACAACACUAAAUCGAACCAUAAUGUGCACACAGCCUACUGUCCUUUCCCCACCAUGGUCGCAGUGAGAGAAUGUAAUGAUUAUUUUUUUUAUCCAAAUGGUAGAAUAAAUGUCCAUUAAAAUAAUAUAUCUAUAAUGGAGAGGCGAAAGAGUUAAGAGGUUGAGUUCCAGCUGACAGUCAGCUGAUAGCCUUUGACAGUUGAGAAAAGUUUUGUUUCUGUCCUAAUAUGUUAAUUAGCCUAUAGAUUGUGCGAGCCCAUUGGCUCUUCGUCCGAGUCAAUUUCCCAUUUCCAACCUGACGUCAGGGCGGCUAUAAAACUCUGCAAUGCUUUUAAACUCAUCUGCUGUGUGAUCCUUCUAAAAAAUCGCCUACAAGUCAGAGGCAUUUUACGUGCGAGGCUACAUUUACCCCUCUCCUUCGACAUUUCACCCUCUCCGCUUUACGCAAUGUAGGCCUAUGCAUGAAGAAACAGUAAAGUGUUAAAUGUUAAAAAUACAAAUUCGCCGAAUUUCUCAUGCUGAAAGAGGACUCCGCAACUCGCGUGCACCGCUCUGGUGCGUCUGUGCAAUAGACUCUGCAAAGGAAAACUAUUCAUUUACAGUUGGGAACUCGUCGCUGCAAAAAGGACAUUGAAAACCUAUUUUUUUCACUUUAAGACAAAUACGCUUAAAAAUCAAACUGGCUCACGUUCUUCCAACCCAACCCAGUUUGACAGCUGCUCUUCACCCCCUUUGGAGGACUGUCGGCAGCAAGAGGAUGGCAUCAGAACUGGCAAUGAGCAACUCCGACCUGCCCACCAGUCCCCUGGCCAUGGAAUAUGUUAAUGACUUCGAUCUGAUGAAGUUUGAAGUGAAAAAGGAGCCGGUGGAGCCCGAUCGCAACAUCAGCCAGUGCAGCCGCCUUAUCGCCGGGGGAUCCUUGUCUUCCACCCCGAUGAGCACGCCUUGCAGCUCGGUGCCCCCUUCUCCAAGCUUCUCGUCGCCCAGUCCGGGGUCGGGGAGCGAACAGAAGGCACACUUGGAGGAUUUCUACUGGAUGUCCGGUUAUCAACAGCAGUUGAAUCCGGAGGCGCUGGGCUUCAGCCCCGAAGACGCAGUUGAGGCGCUGAUCAACAGCAGUCACCAGCUCCAGUCCUUCGAUGGCUAUGCUAGAGGGCAGCAGUUUGCCGGCGGAGCCGGAGGCGGAGGCACCAUGGCCGGGGAAGAGAUGGGCUCUGCCGCCGCGGUGGUGUCCGCAGUUAUCGCCGCCGCAGCAGCCCAGAACGGGGGUCCCCACCACCACCACCAUCACCACCACAACGGUGGCCACCAUCACCAAUCACCCGGGGUCUCGUCCAACUGCAGCUCCGGAGGAAACCACCCACACAUGGGACAUUUAGACGACCGGUUUUCGGACGACCAGCUGGUGAGCAUGUCGGUGCGGGAGCUCAACCGGCAGCUACGAGGAGUCAGCAAGGAAGAAGUGAUCCGGCUGAAACAGAAGAGGAGGACCCUAAAGAACAGAGGCUAUGCGCAGUCCUGCCGCUACAAGCGGGUCCAGCAGCGGCACGUCCUGGAGGGCGAGAAGACGCAGCUCGUCCAGCAAGUCGACCACCUCAAGGCGGAGAUCUCCAGGCUGGCCCGGGAGAGGGACGCAUACAAAGAAAAAUACGAGAAGCUCAUCAGCAACGGCUUCAGAGAAAAUGGAUCCAGCAGUGACAACAACCCUUCCUCUCCGGAGUUUUUCAUGUCGUCCAGAAAAUUCCUCCAUCUGUGAUCGAGAGCCUCGCCCCUCCAUGCCCUUGGCCUUGAAGUCUGAGGUAA